GUCAUUAUGUACGGGAAUUGCCGAUCACCCUUUUUUGGGUGAAGUGACUUUGUCGGCUGCUCGCCGCGGUCGACGAUGAUGAAAGGCUCUGAAUACUCAGAGCUCAUGAAUUGGGACGGCCAUAUAUCAUCCAGCUCAUACCAUCCUCGCUCACCCAAAGAUGUACCUUUGACAUCGUUCUCAACGUCGAGUAACCUAGAUCCCACCCCUGCAUCAUAUCCUUCUAGUACAUCAUCUGAACAAGCUAAUGAACAAGACUCGGAUUGCUAUAUAAUCGAUCAACCAUCUUCAAUGAACGACAUAUUUGACAAAAACCGCGUUGCUCAAUUUGCUGCGCGUGCUUCAAUCGAGCGCGUGUCAAUGAUUGACACGCAUUCACCUGCACAUAUGCCUGAACUCUUUCAAUCGUCUAGUCUUGAUACAAUGUUUCCAUUCCAGCAUAGUCGCGACCCCUCGGUUACCGACAACGUUUCGAUUCAGUCUGAAUCGUAUUCUUCUCCAUUACAGCACAGUAGCCGUAGUGCGCCCACUUCACGCUAUGCCGCGGAGUCUAACUUGGCUUUACUCGACAUGUCUAUACGCCCUCGCUCAAACCCAACGUUUGCUCAUGACGACGUUAUUGAAUUGACUAACGACGAUGACGACGACGACGCCACUUUGAGAUAUAAUGCUAUCAAGAAUGCCAUCGAUAGCAUUGAUAAUGACAAUGAGGACGAGGAGAUGGUUGUGGACGACAUGCUUACUGAACCAGCUCCCGAACCCGAUUCAUCUUCAAGUCCUGCCCGUUCUCCGUCACCCUCACUGGAAAUAGGCGGUUCCCUAUUCACACCUCCACCUUCCCGCAAGCGUCGCAGACGCGUCAUCCUCGACUGUGUAUCUGUCCCACCCUUUCCCAAGGGCAUGGCCAGGGCCGAUUACAGGUCCUCCCCCAAAGCGUCCUCCAGCGCACCUCAGCAGGGCGUGGAGCACCCAUCAGUAAGCCAUGCCCUGGCCGCAGCAUUCGCUCAAAAUAACAAGUCGCCACCACCCCCUCUCGGUCGGAAGGGAAAGGAGCGUGAACACUCACGCGAACGUCCACCCCCAGCUCCUGUACGUCCAAAACGGAAAUACAAGCCUCGCAUCCCUGAAAGUUUCGGAGAUGGCGUGUCCACGGUACCCGCUCAGAUCUUGGACGCUCAAUAUCCUGCCACCGAACUUGACAUCCACGAGCUACCAGACUUUUCACCGGAUUUCGACAAUAUAUGGCAGUCGAAUACCUAUUGGAUCCACGUCCGUCGCCUUCAGCGUUACUACGCUCGGCUACAAGAGGGCUUGCCAGAGAUGAUUGCGCAGAUGAAAAGUCUUGCGGUCCCGGACGAGAACGACGAGAAAGAAGAUGAACCUAUCCUGCCUCGUGUCCUCGCCCCGCUGUUUGAAUGGAGGCCGGAUAUCAAAGCGUCUGUGACAGAACAGUGGGCACGCAAGCGUUCCUCUCGCGAGGGUGGGACUAAGCAGGAUUUAGAGCUAUGGAACGUCCCAUCUUCGUCCAAGUCUAACGAUGACAUCUCGCACUAUAACACACUGGAAGGAGAUCAAACCCUCGACCUCGGCACGGAGAUGGAUCAAUAUUUAAACGACCUCGGAGAUUCUCCCGCAAAAUUGUAUCCCUCAGGCAUCAAGGACACUCGCUCCGCGUCAAAUGCAUAUCAUGCUUUCUUGCACAACACCAUGCAGCUACCCUCUGACGCAGCAUUGGACACGCGAGAAGAUGCAAAGGACAGUUUUUUCGGAGUACCUUCUAGUCCGAAACUCGCGCCGAAUUCUUCUUCCCUACUAGAGUUCAGUGCCUCGUACGCCACUGAUCUUUCCCGUGACCUCGACGCUAAUUUCGAACUCGAGGAAAGCCAGUGGUCUCUGACACCUGAUGCCGUUGAGCAAAAGAGCCUAUCGUCCGAAAGUGAUUCUCCUUCAGGCAGCGUAGGUACAAUUGAUCCAUCGCUGCUUGGUGGCAGUGAACCGCCUCCCAAACUACCUUCCUCUCUCGUAUCCCCGUCAACAAGUCUUAAAAAAACGAAGCAGCUACCAGCAGGUCCUAUCAUAUACGUGCGCAGACCUCCAGGGGUGUCCUUGUCGCAGGAAGCCCCAGUGCUCUCAGGCAACACGCCUGGCAAGUCUCGAAGAAAUGUCCAGAUCAAAUAUCGCACGAGUGAGUCUGUGUCAGUCACGGAUGAAGGCGAUGCGACAAGCUCGGCGAGAAAGCUGAACGACUUGGAAGUUGGGAAUGAUGUGAGGUGGACUGCUGAAGCGGUUACUGGUCCAUCUGCACAACCUGGAGCUCGACCGAGUCUCAAGAUACGGAUUCGUCGAUCGGGCAUCCGUGAAGGCUCUGAUGGGUCGUUUGUGCCGUCACAAGGUUCAGGUUCAGCGUCUCCUGCUGUAUCUGUACCUCCUCUUCCGGAAAUGAAACCCCUCAAGGUCCAUAAACUUCCUCCUGCUCUAGCUACGCCGCAGGAAGAGGAAGAGCCCGAAGCCCCUAGCUUUUGCCACCAAUGCCGGCGGACCCAUACCAAACCCAAAAUGCAAUGUUCCAAACGCGUAGGCCGUCAAACAUGCGGGAAACUAUUCUGCGACCGAUGCAUCACUCAGCGGUACCCUGAGAUCGCGUUUGUCCGCAAUAGCAAGAAUUUUAUCUGCCCCAUCUGCACUGGUACUUGUAACUGCUCAAUAUGCUCGCGAAAACGUGGGGAGGAGUAUAUUUCCAUGCGCGGAGGCGGAUUUGCGGGAUCACGUACCAAGUCAGGCAUUUUACUCGUGCCUGACGAUUCCCAUCCAGAUCAAGUUCAGGACGGACCAAUGACGCCCGAGCCUCCCAAAAGUGCACCACAGACGAUGUUCUGGGCUCACGUAUAUGGUCUUGAAGGCCAACGUGUCGGUCGCGCAUUCAUUGACGACGCCAGCGCCUCCGCCCCACCCCUACAACCCUCGAAGCAGUGCGCCCCAAACGGACAAUCGAAACAGAAAGCAAAAGCGAAGCCGAAGAAGAAACCAAGAGUAUUCAUCGGAACGCCGCUACGCGAGUGGAAGAUCCGCACAUAUAGAGACCUCGAGCCCUGCGUAGCAAUUCCUCCUCUCGUCCCAGAGGAAAGCUACGGAGGGAAGGGUAAGGGUAAAGCUAUCGAGCGACCGCGGGUUUAUAUCGGCGAUGCGAAGUGGUUAUACCUACCAUACACGCGUAUGCCUAUAUCUUCGCACUCUUCGCGUUCGUCGUCACCGGACUCGGAACCUGAACUGGACUCGGAUGGGACGUUGACACCGUUGGAGGCUUUGGAGGAGAGGAUGGAUUGGCCGCAGCCUGAGGUGGGGGAGGCUGUGACGGUGACGUGGGAGUCGAUGCAUGGGUAUGAUCGGAGUGCGUCUGGCUCGUUGUCGCCGGAUGAUGUGGCCAAGGCUAUUGGGGUUGCGUUGGCGGCGUGUGGGGACAAGGGGGAGUGAUGUUGGGUGGCGGGGUGAUUUUUUGUCUUAUGUUUUUUUUCUCUUUAAGGAUGGUGCGUAGUGAGUAGGCAUUAAUACAGUACUAAAUACAUACGCUC